AUGGAGUUCUCGAAGCAGCAGGAGAAACUGCAGUUGUUCACGACGGAGAUGGGGAUGGAAUGGCACUUCAUCCCUCCUCGAGCCCCACAUUUCGGAUGGCUGUGGGAAGCCGCGGUGAAAUCCGCAAAGCAUCUCCUCGUCCGGCAAAUCGCCAACGCGUUACUGGCGCAAAGCGAGGUCAGAGCUCAUCUGGCAGAUGUCGAGGCCAUCCUCAACUCGCGGCCUCUCACUCAACUCAGCUCCGAUCCCAACGAUGGCGAGGCUCUAACGCCGGGCCAUCUUCUAAUCGGGCAAGCCAUACGUUCGCUGCCGCAAGGAUCCGUGCCAGACAGGCCCAACAAAGAGCUGACGUAUUUGCGACGGUGGCAAAUGUUAUCCACGCUCAGACAGCGGUUUUGGCUCGCGUGGUCGAAGGACUACAUCCACAACCUCCAAAUCCGCACCAAAUGGAAGUCUCCACAGCCCGGCGGAGGUCGGAUGCCUCGUCCUGGUUCACGAGGACAACACGCCACCUCAGCGGUGGAUAACUGGAAGGGUCGCAGGCGUAACCCGAGGAACAGACGGCCAAAUACGGGUGGCCGAAAUUAG